UCUCUUCAGCCAUCACUCUCAGUGAUGAUGGGAAAAGUGUGCAUGCAUUUUAGACUUCAUUACUCUUAAAUCUAAUGAAUAUGAUAAGAGCCCCGGAAUUAGAUAUCAAGCGGUUUUUUUUUUUCAUUUUUUAUUAAGGAAACGUGUUAGAACCCAAUCAUAGGCUUAAUUUCGAGGUGGAGUUAUUCCAACUGUGAUCUCUCCAACGUCCCGGGGGGCAAAGCGGUUAUGAGUAAGUCUCACUUGGCUGAUGAACCCUAAUCUCCCAUCUUCCUCGGCGGCGUUGCGCGAGCCCUCCCACCGCACACGCCAUUGGUUGCCGCUGCGCUUUUAAAGCCCGCGGCAUCCCUCCGAGUUAUUCCGACUUUUUUCAGUGUCCCGGAGCGGGUCACUCGCAUCUUCUUUUUGCUCCAGCGGAGAAGCGCAAACGCACCUGCACCAGAUCCAACUUUUCUGUCCACCCUCGCGCGCGUCAAGUUUACUAGGCUCCAGUAAAGUUUAGCAAAAUAAAUAAAUAAAUAAAUAUAAAAAGAAGAGCAGCGAUCCUUGACCCCGCGGUUAUCGGGGGUGCUGGUUAACGCGAGAUGAGCAGUCCUGAUGCGGGCUACGCCAGCGACGAUCCGAGCCAGGCCCGCGGGACCAGCUCAGCCAUGAUGGCCGGCGCGGCUCAGUGCGCGUGGCCGGAGUCGCUCAGCCCACGCGCGCACGCCAAAGCCAAGAGCGAAGCGUGCGCGGCGGCGCGCGGGAAAGGCGAAGCGCGCAUCCGCCGGCCGAUGAAUGCUUUCAUGGUUUGGGCCAAAGACGAGCGCAAGAGAUUGGCACAGCAAAACCCCGACCUGCACAACGCCGAGCUCAGCAAAAUGCUCGGUAAGUCAUGGAAAGCCCUGUCCAUGUUGGAUAAGCGACCGUUUGUGGAGGAGGCAGAACGACUGCGUGUGCAGCACAUGCAGGAUCAUCCAAAUUACAAGUAUCGGCCUCGUCGUCGCAAACAGGUGAAGAGAAUCAAGCGUCUGGACUCUGGCUUCCUGAUGCCUGGGGUAAGUGAUCCCCAGGGUUCUCUGAAUAUGGAGAACAUUGAGGUGGGCUACUCCCUUGCCCCUGGGGGUUUGUCUCAGGCCGGUCUGUCUCAGUACUGCGAUGCCCAGGGCUUGUUUGAGCACUACAGCCUUCCCACUCCUGACUCUUCCCCGAUGGAUGCGAUGGGGACGGAGAGUGUAUUCUUGACUGACCAUUCUCAGGAGGACAGCUCUCACAUGGCCUACAGCUACCAUCAUCAACAAGAGUACACACCUCUAGGGCACCAGCACCCCCUCAGUAGUACACAGGGUCAAGGCAGAGUACGAAAUGACACACACUCGCAUGCCACGACGCAUGCGCAGGUCCACACACAUGCCACCUCCAACCUACAUUUAGUACACGCUCACAGCAACACACAAGUCAAUCUGAUGAGCAGCUCACACUCUCAGGAACUCGGUAAUGCAAAUGGCAGCACACAUCACAAUAUCAGCCACAAUAUCAAUCCUCACCAUGCGCAUUCAUUAUCUCAUGCCCUUUUUAACAGGAGCCUGUCACCUGGCUCCCAUCAGGCCCCACCCGCUGCAUACCUGGGCUGCCCAUCUACUCUAGGUGUUUUUUACAACCCUGCCUCUCAGUUGAAACGCCCGCUCGAGCAGCAGUCACCUCCACAAGAAGGGCACACGCAUUCACACCCUCCUUCUGAACAACACUCCCAUACACAUACAGAGACAUGUCGGCAUGCUCCUGAGAUGCUAAGUGAUAUGGCUUGUGGUGACUUUGAGCAGUACCUGUCAUAUGGGCUUCCUCAUGCACCCAUGCAGGGGUCUGACCUCAUCUCUACUGUACUGUCUGAUGCUAGCACUGCUGUGUACUACCCUAACUAUAACAACACCUGAAGCUCCUGUAUCACAGCAAACACUCCUGAGCCACCAAUAAUGAUUUCUGAAUGACAUAACAUGUCUGAACACACUGGUGCCACAUCUUGCAGAGACAUCCAAAUAUAUAUUUGUAUAUAUUUGUAAAACAUGAUGAAGGGAGUUAUAAACUUAUAAAUGUUUAGAAUUGUAUGAACUGUAAUUCACUGAAACGUCCUUAAUUAAUCAUUUUAAAUUGUUUUUAAAGAAGACACAGUAAUGCUGAAAAACCCUGUACAUAAGUCCUUUUAUAAAAUGAAAUGUCAUUAAUGUAUUAAAAUGUAAUUUCAUACUUUUUUGCACUUUUUGGAAAUAAACAUCUCAGUGAUAAACAUUUUUGUCAUUGCUUUUAUUAAGGUUGGGUUUUCUUUUUUUUUUUUUUUAAUUACUACUAGCUUUUCUACCUCUCCUAAUAUUUGCAUUAUGUACUUCUGUCCCGUUUUUCCUCCCCUUUAUGUGUUUUUGUGUGCGUGUGGUUAUUCAGUGUGUGUUUGUGCUGCAGGAACUGUGAUUAACACACUUCUUCCUGUUUAUUGCAGCUCUGUUGGCUUUGAUGACUUAAAUAUGAUCGCAAUCUCUUCACCUUCACCAAACAAAGUCCAUCAUUAACAUCAAUAAGGACCUGAGCAACAAACCCCCCAACCCACCUCUCCACACACACUCACACCUUCCUACGCACAAACAAAGGCUUGUGAGAGCCUGAGAAUGAAAAACCAGGCCAAUGGAGGAACCACGUAUUGCGCUUUGUCCCAUAAUAGAAACAAUUAGACUGUGUCGAUCAAUGUGUUGUUCAGAGUGUGGAGUAUGAGUGCGUUCAUUUUCUGUUCGAAAAAGGAAGAGGCUUUUUCAGAGGAGGUCACUGACACUGACCCCAUGUCCCUUUUUAGCCUACUGACGGAAACAUGCAGCAGCGACAGGUUUUUUUUUUGCACGAACACCUCCAGAUUCCCACACACAGACAGUGUGGACCACUUCGUAAGGGCACGUGUGCAUUUUGUUUUGUGAGCCUAGGGCCAAACAAUAGGCCGGGUCUCCAUCUUGAAACACCUGUAUUGGCCUGUUUGUGCAUGUAAGAGAUAGUGAGUUGUAUGUGAUGGGGGCUAGGGUUACCUGGAAAGCAUGUAACUAAUUAACAGGCAACUAAUGCAAAUUGACUGCAGGCACAGAAAGACAAAAGAGCCUUGCACAUACCUUCAUACUCAGAACAACAUUGGAAAGAAAAAUAAACAUAUUGUUUUUGUGUAUGUGUGUACAGGCAUAUUGUCCACCACAGACAGUUGGUAUUGACAAGUGCUCCUCACAUAUAGCCUAAAACAAUAUGGAAAUAAGAGGGUCAUGAGUGUGUACAGUCUGAGUGUGUACGCACAAGCUCUGUAAGCACAGAAGGGCACAUCAGAGGAGGCAGCUGCAAUAGCCUGGGCGUCUCCUGUCUGAAACGGAAUGUGUGUGUGUGUGUGUGUGUGUGUGUGUGUGUGUGUGUGUGUGUGUGUGUGUGUGUGUGGGUGUGUGUGUGUGUGUGUGUGUGUGUGUGUGUGUGUGGGG